AUGCCGUUCACAGGCCAUAACCGGGCGUUGGACAUAGUCAACGCAGCUGCAGCAGGUGGCUAUGCCGUACCCGCCAUGUGUUGCUACAAUCUGGAGGGCAUCCUUGCGACAGUGAAGGCUGCCGAGGCAAAGCGAUCCCCAGCCAUUAUCCAAUUAUUCCCUUGGGCGAUCGAGUUCGCCGAUGGCCUGCUCAUCCAUGCCGCCAAAGAGGCUGCUGAUAAAGCCAGUGUGCCCGUCGCCGUCCACAUGGACCAUGCACAGUCUCCCGAGCUCAUUCGCCGUGCCGCCGAGCUCGGCGGGUUUGAUGGUAUCAUGGUAGAUAUGAGCCAUUAUGAGAAGGAGGAGAACCUGGCCAAGACAAAGGAACUCACUUCUUUCCUCCACUCCAAGGGCAUCAUUGUCGAGGCCGAGCCAGGCCGUAUCAACGGGGGCGAGGACGGUGUAGCGGACACAGAAGAUCUCGAGGGCGUUCUGACUACCCCGGAGCAAGCGGAAGAAUUCAUAUCGCUGGGAAUUGACUGGCUUGCACCUGCAUUCGGGAACGUCCACGGCAAGUAUGGUCCCCAGGGCCCCCAGUUGGACCUUGAGCGUUUAGAGAGGGUACAUGAGACAGCUUGCAAACGAGGAAUCCAGCUCGUCUUGCACGGUGCUGCUGGCUUUGACGAGCAACUAUACGGCAUGUGUAUCAAAAGGGGCGUGGCCAAGGUGAAUAUCAAUGGCGCCAUGAAUAGUCAUUUCACUGCAGUCUUGGCCGAGAAGGCUGGCAAGAUACCACUAACUGAGCUCCUCCAGCAAGGAGUCCAGGCGAUGCAAGAGGCUGUCGAGCUCCGCAUGGACUGGAUGGGUUCCACUGGGAAAGCACCGUGA